AUGGUGGUGACAUUGAGGGCCAUCCUACAGGUAACAUUGAUAACUAUUGUAAUUGUGGAGCUUAUCAUAGGAAUUUUAGGAAAUGUAUUCAUAGCUCUGGUGAACAUCAUAGACUGGGUUAAAAGAGGAAAGAUCUCUGCAGUGGAUAAGACAUACACAGCCCUCGCUAUUUCCAGGACUGCUUUUGUAUUGUUGCUAAUCACAGGGCUCUUGGUAUUGGUAUUGGACCCAGCUUCAUUGGGAAUGAGAAGAGUAAUAAGACUCCUUACUAUUUCCUGGACAGUGACCAAUCAUUUCAGUGUCUGGUUUGCAACAUGCCUCAGCAUCUUUUAUUUUCUCAAGAUAGCCAAUUUUUCAAACUCUAUUUUUAUUGCUCUCAAACGGAAAGUUAAAAAAGUGGUUUCAGUAACAUUGGUGGUAUCUCUAAUAAUCUUGUUUAUGAACAUUGUAGUUAUAAACAUAUUCACGGAGAGACUUCAAGCAAACAUACUCCAGAACUGUAGUACAAGUAACACUUUAAAAGCUUAUGGAUUCUUUUUAUUCAUUAGCACUAUGUUUACACUCAUCCCAUUCACUGUGUCCCUGACAAUGUUUCUUCUGCUCAUCUUCUCCCUAUGGAGACAUCUGAAGACCAUGCAUCACAAUGCCACAGGCUCCAGAGAUGUCAGCACAGUGGCCCACAUAAAAGGCUUGCAAACUGUGGUCACAUUCCUGUUACUAUAUACUGCUUUUUUUGUGUCACUUCUUUCACAGUCCUUGAAUAUUAGUACUCAGCAUACAAACCUUCUUUCUCAUUUCUUACGAAAUAUAGGAAUAGCUUUUCCCUCUGGCCACUCCUGUAUCCUGAUUCUUGGAAACAGCAAGCUGAGGCAGGCCUCUCUUUCUGUAAUAGUGUGGCUGAGAUGUAAGUACAAACAUAUAGAGAACUGGGGUCCCUAA